CAUGAGGCUGUUGUAUAUCUUAUUCUUUUCCAGCUGCAGGAAGUUUCCAAUGAAGGGCAGUGGAGUGGGACCUGGAGGCAGCUUCCCCUGGAGACUCCUCUGCUUCCAGACAGACGUCAACACCAUCACACUCAGGCAGGCCAGCAGAGCCACCAGAAUCAGCUCAGAGUCCAGCAUGGUGGUGGAGUUACAGCUCCAGAAGAAAUACGGUCCCAUGUUCACUGUGUACCUGGGUCCCCGGCCAGUAGUUGUUUUGUGUGGGCAUGAGCUGGUGAAGGAGGCUCUGGUGGACCGAGCAGAUGAGUUCAGUGGCCGUGGAGAAAUGGCUACAUUAGAACGAAACUUCCGUGGUUAUGGUGUAGCUCUGUCCAAUGGAGAACGAUGGAAGAUUCUCCGACGCCUUUCUCUGACUAUCCUGCGGGACUUUGGGAUGGGAAAGCGGAACAUUGAGGAGCGGAUCCAGGAGGAGGCUGGCUACCUACUGGAGGAAUUCCGGAAGACCAAGGGUGCCCCCAUUGAUCCCACCUUCUUCCUGAGCCGCACUGUCUCCAACGUCAUCAGUUCGGUCAUCUUUGGAAGCCGCUUUGACUACGAGGACAAGGUGUUCCUAAACCUGCUGCGGAUGAUCAAUGAGAGCUUCGUAGAGCUAAGCACCCCCUGGGCACAGCUCUAUGACAUGUACUCAGGAAUCAUGCAGUAUUUUCCAGGAAGACACAACCGCGUCUACUACAUGAUGGAGGAGAUUAAGGACUUCGUUGCUUCCAGAGUCAAGAUCAACGAAGCAUCCCUGGACCCCCAGCACCCCCGAGACUUCAUCGACUGCUUCCUCAUCAAGAUUCACCAGGAUAAAAAUAAUCCACACACAGAAUACAACCUCAAGAAUUUGGUCCUUACCGCAGUCAACCUCUUCUUUGGGGGCACAGAAACAGUGAGCUCCACACUACGCUAUGGAUUUUUGCUGUUAAUGAAGUAUCCUGAAGUGGAAGCCAAGGUCCAUGAAGAGAUCAUCCAGGUGAUUGGACCCCACCGGACUCCACGUGUGGAAGACAGGGCCAAGAUGCCCUACACAGACGCCGUCAUUCAUGAGAUACAAAGGCUGACAGACAUCGUGCCCAUGGGAGUCCCCCACAACGUCACCCAGGACACUCAUUUCCAAGGCUACUUUCUGCCCAAGGGCACAGAUGUGUUUCCUAUACUUGGCUCAGUCCUGAAAGACCCCAAAUACUUCCGCUACCCAGAUGCCUUCUAUCCCCAACAUUUCCUGGAUGAACAGGGAUGCUUCAAGAAGAAUGAGGCCUUCGUGGCUUUCUCCUCUGGAAAACGCAUCUGCCUGGGGGAGUCCCUGGCCCGAAUGGAACUCUUCCUCUACUUCACCUCCAUCCUUCAGAACUUCUCCUUAUGUCCGCUGGUCCCUCCGGCGGACAUCGACACCACUCACCGGUUCUCAGGCUUUGGCAACAUCCCCCCGAUUUACAAGCUCUGCCUCGUGGCCCGCUGAGCGCCCCCUGCCGGCAAGGAAAGAAGAGUCAGAGAUCUGAGCUCUUCUCUUGCUCCUGGACACACCCGUCUCCUCAUUUCUCCAAACUCUCCCAACCUGAAAAGAAGUCACUCGGUACGGUGAUGGGACCACAGGUCAGAGGAGGCCAUCUGAAAGCACACAGCCGUGUCUUUGCUUUUAGAAAAGCAAUGAACUGCCCGACAUUUGGCACAAGCCCAUAGGUGUACGUUCUCUCAGUUCCCUCUGCCUUGUUUCCGGCUGCACCAAACUUCUGUAGAUUCUGUCUUUUUUGUUGUCCCCUUGCCUGGGUCCCGAUACUGAUCAUA